UUUGCCUUUCUUUCUUGCUGAAACUGCUUUCUGAGAAUUCAUUCAUUAAUGGCGAAGAGAUUCAGAUUAGUUAGCGAAGAAGAAGACGACAUGGUUUCCACCAUAUGUGCGGACAGCUUCAACUUAGCAAACGUUCUCAUGCUUCUCUCCAAAGGCCACGCCACAGCCGCCGUUGCUGGUGGCGAGGCGACGGAGGGGAAGGUGUUCGAGUGCAAAACCUGCGGCCGAAAGUUCACGACUUUCCAGGCGCUGGGCGGUCACAGGGCCAGCCACAAGAAGCCUAGGAUGGGCGAAGCGGCAACCUCCGCCACCGCGCCGGAGAAGCCAAAGGUGCACGAGUGCUCUGUCUGCGGACUGGAGUUCGCCAUCGGCCAGGCGCUCGGUGGUCACAUGAGGAGACAUCGGGCCACGGCGGAGGGCAACGGGUCGGGUCAGUUGGGUAGGCCGGUGAUGGAAAAGAGUUCGGCCCAGAUUGAUUUGAACCUGCCGCCGUUGGAGCGGGGGGAGGCGGAGGAGGUCCGGCAGCUGCCGAAGCUGUUGGGAUUCACGUUGACUCCGGCGAUGGUUGACUGCUUCCAUUGAUUUAGAAUUUGUAUAUGGUUCGAUCAAAUGAUACUAUAUAAAACAGUUUUACAUACAGAUAGAUUAGACUGUUCAUAUAUACAAUUUUGAUCGAUCAAGAUUUCAGAAAUUUUAGCCUGAUUUUAAUCUACUAUAAAUUUAAAA